AUAAGUAAGUGAUCCAUAGUGCCGGCAUAACCAACUAACAACCUUCCCGAUAAUCAUUGCAAAUCGUACAAUUAAUUACCAACGAACCUUUAGUCUAUAGAGCUUGUAGACUUCCUGUCAUGUAUCGUGUUCGUCACGUUGUAUAAUUCUUGGUUUCGGGGCGGCGGGCCGUUGAUUUCAAAUUUCUAACCUACAAAUUUCGAACAAAUGUACACCCUAUACAUCGUAGUAUAGCAAGACCCGCGACGGGCGGAAGCCGUCCCUCUUUCAGGGUGGAAUCGGAAAAUAAAUAACCGUGAGGAUGAUGGAUCUCUCGACGAUCGGUGUAGCCCUACGCUGGUGGCUAGUUGGGAGUAGUAGGACCGGCGAGUUCAUUGUUUACACCGGCAUUUCGUUCGUAGAUAUGCUGGUGAACGCUGUCAAAGCCUUCAAUGCCGUCUGCGUGCUACUCUAUGAGGGAUCCACGCUCUGGCUAAAAGACAUUUACGAUUAUUUUUGCGUCGUGCAGGAGACGAUUCGUACUGCGUCCGAUUACUCUGUGCACAUGUUGUCUCUCCUCGUCGCAGCUGCUGCAAGGGUUGUCUGGGCCCCAUUUUCGUUAAUAGCAGCAGUCCUGACUUCGAUACGUGAGCUACUCCUCCUCCUAGGAUCUAGUUGCCUGUUUUUGCUCUCCUUACCACCCCUAUUUUUAUUCUAUCUCGCUGACUCGGUGUUGCAUGCAUUCAAAGUGCUUCGUUCCUUCACAUUGCACGUCGGAGAAAGAUUGACGGAACACGCAGCAGACAUUGAAACACUCGAAGUACUGACCGGCCUUGUUGUGGGAUGUGGUUUAAUGAUAAUAGCGGUGAAUGGGAUUAGGUUGCUCGUUUACUGGUACUUCAUGUUUAAGACUAGAAUGUACAGACGCUUCCUAACAUGGGCAGGAACAACAUGGAGAAGAGUCAAAAGAGGAAUGACAAUCGCUAGGAGGCGCCAAGGACAAGAUAACUAUAAAUUACAAGAGACUGAACUAUGUAUAGUAUGCUUUGGGAAAGCAAGAUCUGUGUGUCUUUUACCUUGCCGACAUUUGUGCCUUUGCACCAAUUGCACCCAACUAUUAUCCCACCCAUUACGAUGUCCGUUAUGCAGGCAGUUAGCCGAUGAUCUUAUACAUGUUUACCUUUGAUAUUAAUUCUAUCCAAGCUCAAUUAGAUGUUCAGUUUUAAGGAAAAGAAAUUUACACAUACUAUUUUUAUACAAUAGAGUACGAUGAGAAAAUGUGAUGUGAUUUCACUGUGUUCAGAUAUAGAUAAUAUAAAUAUAUUUCAGUAGUGAUAAAUGACCAAAAUGUAAUUAAUUAAUCCUCGUUCAUGUUCAUGUUUGGACUUUCUGAGAAAAAAGAAUAUUGUGCAGUAUAAUUCUUUUUAAAUUUUGAAGCUUGUAGUCGGAAUAAAUUAACAUAUGUAGGAAAUGUCGUAGUUCAACAAUAAGCCAAAACACUUUUUUUUACCCAAAUGUUGCAGUAUCAUGUUACAAAUGCCGAUAUCACGACGAAUUGGGCAAUUGAAAAAUUUCUUUGCUUCUUACAUGUUUUAAUCUGUAAAAUCGUAAUAUCCGUUUAAAAAAAUAGUGUUACAGUCAUGCAAUGAGGCUGAAAGCUUGUAUUUUAAAUUUAAAUUGAAUGACAAUUAAAAUUGUUAAAACUAAAAUAUACGUAUUUUUGACGUCGCAUUCAGCAUAAAAAUCUGCUGCCAAAAUUCAGUACAUUAGGGCACAUUGCUGUAUAAAUUAAUUAUUAAUUUCGCGGCGUAUUAUCGCUACCAUCUCUCACCACUGGUUCACUGAUAAUCAACCGCGUGCCUAUUAUCAUAAAACCACAAUGCCUAAUGUAUAAAAAUAAAUUCUUACGAAUUAUUAAUAAAUAUUUAAUGUUUUGUACAGGAAA